CUCCACCCACCCCCAGCUCAAGACAGAGGCUUUCCCCCCUGUUUUCCCUCGAGGAGACAACUGGCCUGCUAUUAUUGGAGGAAAUGGCCCUUGCUGAUGGCUUGGCUCCCACCUUCCUGCUGCUGCUGGCCGUGCCCCUCGGUGCACCCAUGUGCCCCAUGCUUUGCACUUGCUACUUUUCUCCUCCCACAGUCAGCUGCCAGGCCAAUAACUUCUCCUCGGUACCACGGAUCCUGCCACCCCAUGCGCAGCGCCUCUUCCUGCAAAACAACCUGAUUGGGACCCUGCGGCCUGGGAUGUUUGGGCCCAGCCUCACCACCCUCUGGCUCUACUCCAACAACAUCUCCUCCAUCCACCCGGGCACCUUCCGCCACCUCCAAGCUCUCGAGGAGCUGGACCUUGGGGACAACCGCAACUUGCGCACUCUUGACCCAGACACUUUCCGGGGGCUCGAGCGGCUGCAGUCCCUGCACCUGUACCGCUGCCAGCUCAGCAGCCUCCCAAACACCAUCUUCCGCAACCUCUUCAGUCUACAGUACCUCUAUCUUCAGGAGAACAACCUGCUUUGCCUGCAGGAUGACCUUUUCGUGGACUUGGCCAACCUGAGCCACCUUUUCCUGCACGGCAACAAGAUCUGGCAGCUCUCCGAGUAUGUCUUCCGGGGCCUGUCUGGAUUAGACCGCCUGCUGCUGCACCGGAAUCGCCUGCAUGCCAUUCCCGCGUGGGCCUUCCGUGACCUGGGCAAGCUCACCAUCCUGUACUUGUUCAACAACAGCCUGACCAUGCUGUCUGGGGAUACGCUCUCGGACCUGCCAUCCCUGGAGUUUCUGCGCCUCAACAACAACCCCUGGGCCUGUGACUGCCGUGCCCACUCGCUGUGGGGCUGGUUCCAGCGCACGCGUGUCUCCGUCUCGGAUGUCAUCUGCGCAUCUCCAGCCGAGCGCAAGGGCCAGGACAUGCGCUACUUAAGGGAAGCUGCCUUCCAGGGUUGCCCUCUGGUUACUCACCCCAUUGGGUUUGACUGGGGCUGCCACUCGGAGUGGGAAGGUAGAGCAUCUCUUCCCCACCCCCACCCCCACCCUCACCCCCACCCUCGCCCCCACCCCAAUGGCUCAUCCAAUCACCUCUAUGGCCUCGGAGGCUCACCUCCUGCUGACCCCUCCUCCUUCUAUAGGGACGUGCCAGCCAAUGACAUCCGCAGCCCCAAGUAUGACCCACCCACAGAGGAUGACUACUGGGAGAGCUAUGGCAAUGAAGAAGGAGGGCAACUGAAAAAGGGGUGCCCGGGACCUGGCUGCUCUUCCCUGGACUCCGGCGCAAUCAGGAUUGGCUCCCUGUCGUUUCCCCUGACCUGCCUACUGAUGCUGUUGGGACCGUCUUGGUUUUGACCAUGGGGUGGAGGGAGCUGCUCUGCUGGAGGUGCGUUGGCUUUGGGAACUGAGACUGUGGGGAAUCCAAGCCAGGAGGGAUCCCCACCAGCACUUAGCUGAGGCCAAAGCGAUUAACCAUCACCUUGUCCCGGGGUGAAAGGGAUACUAGGUCCAUUCCUGCUGCUCUUUUCCUGGUUAAUUGUGAGACUUAUCAAUGGAGCCACUUUCUGGUGGUAUCUGACCUGUUUCAUGAAGCUAGGGCAAGAAUGCCCCUUUUUAUUUCCGGGGUGUUGCAUUACUCUCCCAUUAGAGAUAUUCCCUAACACUAUCGCUUCCUGGCUCUGUUAGGGCCCUCCUCCC